AUGGAACCUAUCAGUCUUGCCCUCGGAAUAAUUGGACUGCCAGCAGCUUUUUCUGUGAUCGUCAAAGAGCUUCGGAAAACCGUCAAAUCUAUCAGGUACGCAAAACGCGAACUUCAGGCUCUUGAUGAGGAGAUAGACCUUUUUGCCGGAAGUUACGACGAUUUUCUCGAUACGUGUGACGAAGCAUCGUUGAGCACCAAAGGCACCCAGGAUAUCAAGCGGCACUUGAUAUCCUGGACUGGGAAGGUCAUGGAAGGGUUUGAUGAUCUACUCAGCAAGGUGCAAGCAUUAGCCAGGGAUCCUGACUACGACCAUUCCGCUAUUGAGGUGUUCACUGCCCAUUACAGAUGGAUCAUGAGCAAGAGUACCCUAAAGUACCUACGUGCUUCUCUCAACGUGGCAAGACAGAGCAUGAUCGCUUUCACAAACAUCCGCGUUCUUGGAAAGUUGAACGAGGAAUUGGCCUAUCUCAGAUCUGCCUUGUCCUCAGCUGAGAGACAACAGAUUGAGCUUCGGCAUGGAAUGACAAUGGAGGAGCGCAUUGAAAUCGUACAAAAGAAAACUUGCAACCGCCGCACGCAACGACACAAGAUUGACACUCGCUUGAAAGAAGUAGUCAAAGAAAUCAAAGUCUAUAAAGCGAAAGAUAUAGACCAAAAUCUCGUCCCGCAAAGAGAACCACUGUUACAAUUCCAGAGAUCAGUAGAUCGAUACGUCGACCACAUCGUUUUCCAAGACAGAUCCGACCGAAGAGCUCGCCGAGUGCACGGCAAUAGCUCAGUGGUUACAUCUCGAUCCAUCACUACCACUCGAACAGAAUCUACUCAACCGUCGGCUAUUCCAUCGUUAGCACCGGAGUCGCCUCCGACCUCUCCUGAACCUUCAAUAGCAGACCCUGAUAUCGAAAUACAGCCCGACAAAGAGGAGGCAAUCAGCAUACUCAAUUCCUGUCAAAGAUGUUCCGGCACCUGUACAAAAACUGAAGACCACAACACUUCCAUCCGGCAGCCUCCUCCAGAUCCAAGGUCUCAUACAAUGGGGUACAUUCCCAGUACCACACCCGGACCAUUCUCCAUGCAGGCAAACGAAAUAACAGGAUCAAGUGCCUCAUCCCGUCCAUGGAUGUCACGAGUGUACCAAACACUGCCGAGCAGCUCUGAAGAAAUACCUGCAUCGGACUCAGAUCCCAACACACAUCAACUUCACCCACCGCAACCGGGUGUCGAGCCCGCAGAUGAAGCCAGGGAAAUCCCCCAUAUUGAUCUCGCCACCCCAGAGGGAGAUGAGGACGACUUCCAAGACGGAGCACCUGAAGAAAGCACUUCAACAGAAGAGGAAGCUAGGGGUUCGAGAACAAAUAUAUGGAAAGCUACUGGGGGAUUUGAGGGAGAUAUGCCGAAGGGUUUGCGCAUACGGCGGCAGAGGAGUCGUUCACCCCAGGACUUUUGGUAG